UGCCCGCACGUCACCAUGCUCCUGGUCGUGUUCCUCGUCAGCGUGCUGAGCGUGCUGGGGCCGGAGGGUCAGAGCCCGAGCUCCACGCUGCGGCCGCUGGUGACGGAGGAGAGCGGACAGUGCUCGGCCGCCUGCGAGUCCCGACAGCAGAGUAAACUCCUCCGCCUGCACUCCAUCCGCUCGCAGAUCCUGAGCGCGCUGCGCCUCGAGCGCGCGCCCAACCUCACGCGGGACGCGGCGCGGCAGCUCGUGCCCAAGGCGCCGCCGCUGCUCGAGCUGCUCAGCCGGUACGAGAGGCAGAACGGGAGCACGAGCGAGGAGUACGAGGACGGGGAGGAGCGCGAGGAGGCGAGCACGGAGACCAUCAUCACCAUGGCGACGGAACCCCAGAGCGUCUCUCAGGCUAACCCCGUGCCUCGGUGCUGUUUAUUCUCGCUCAGCCCGAAGAUUCUGCCAGACAACAUCGUGAAGGCGCACCUGUGGAUCCACCUGCGUCUGAGCAAAGAGGCCACGACCAUCUUCAUGCAAAUCUCGCGUCUGCAGCCGCCGUUCUACAGCAACCCUCGGCCCAAAAUCCUCUCUCUGAAGAUCGACGCCGACGCCCAGACCAACCCGUGGCAGAGCGUCGACAUGAAGCAGCUGCUGCAGUCGUGGCUCAAGCAGCCCGAGAGCAACUUCGGCAUCGAGAUCAAGGCCUUCGACAGCCAGGGCAAAGACUUGGCGGUGACCUCUGCCGAGUCGGGGGAGGAGGGGCUCCAACCGUUUCUCGAGAUCAAAAUCACAGAGACGCCGAAGCGUUCCCGGCGAGAAUCCGGCCUCGACUGCAACGAGCGCUCUUCAGAGUCCCGCUGCUGCCGUUACCCGCUCACCGUAGACUUCGAGGACUUCGGCUGGGACUGGAUCAUUGCGCCGAAGCGCUACAAGGCCAACUACUGCUCCGGGGAGUGUGAGCAGGUACAUCUGCAGAAGUUCCCUCACACGCACCUGGUAAACAAGGCGAAUCCGCGCGGCACAGCUGGGCCCUGCUGCACCCCCACCAAGAUGUCCCCAAUCAACAUGCUCUACUUCAACCACCGCGAGCAGAUCAUCUAUGGCAAGAUCCCGUCUAUGGUCGUGGAUCUCUGCGGCUGCUCCUGAAAACUCGCCUUAUCAUAGAAAAAAAACGCUGAUCGUAGAAAAGUUCGGCUCCAUUGGGAACAUAGAGGAAAUCUGCCUUAUCUCUGUCACAGUAUCAUUCACCACUUUUAUCUGUUUAUAGUAACACGUUCUGGAAUAUCAGCAACACUCCUUCCUUCACCAGCCUGACAUUAAUUACACUACAAAAAAAAACACAGCUUGUCACGUUGGCAUGUGAAAUGUGUGAACUUGGUGGUUAUGAACAUAAAGUGGAACUGGUACAAAGCGCUGACAACUGGAGACUUCUUCCGUACACCGAAAUGCUGAUCAUUAAAUAAAAUAGCACUUCGUAUCAAGAGUUUUAAAAAUCCUUUGAUCUUAAGCGCUUAUUGUAACAGUUCCUUUGAGUGAGCCGUUACUAAAGAAACGAUAAACCCACUUUUAGGACUUUUUCACAACAAUUUUGAAUUGUUUUUUCCGAAUAGGAACUCUGAGUGAGUGAGGCGUUUUUCUUUGGGUUGCGCUGUCUGGAGAGUGAACAGUCCUGCUAGGUGCACGCAUAACAUAAGGUAGCAGCGUUCAGAGAAGAGAAAUAAAACACGCAAAAGCAAUGCUAACAGGACAGAAAAGGGCUACACACCAUGUUCUUGUGUUUUAUACAAGUUUUUGAUUAAUAAUAACUUUAUAAAAAAAAAAUUAAACACGUUGCACCACUCAGAAUCUCAAAACCAGCUGCUUCUGGUCACUGGAUGAUCGCCUGGUGCGUCUCUAUUAUAAAUUUAAUUAAUAAUUGAUUUUGAAGUGAGUGUGGAGAUACAUGAAUCUACAAAAAAACAAAAAAACACGAUUAAUAACUCAAUUGAUUUUUUCCCAAUCUCUAUAAUAUAGAUCAGGGUCUGGGAUUAGCACUCGUGUUUAUGACGAGCGAGAGUGGUUGUGUAAAGCCACCGGCUGCCGAUUGUUGACGUGAAGUGAAUUGUUUUAUAACCUACACGCACUCUGUCCUUCGCUAACCCGGCCUGAACGUCCCCGCUGACCCUGCCUCAGGCAUGUGGAGCCGAUUACGACCCUUUAGAGAAAUAAACAAGCACCGAGCUCGAGCGCAGGGACCCUGCCGGGAUGUUAAAAACAGCAAUUUCGUGCCCUCAGCUUGAGGACAACAAGAGCACAGGCAGAUGGUCAUGUUCUUCGCUUUGUUAAAGGCGUACAACAACUAAAAUGUGCCAUUAGCCAGUAAUACCAGUAUUACUAAUGUAUAACACCAGUAUUGCAAAUCAUAAGAUUUCAAAAACUAGAAGACCAUCAUGAGCAUUCUGUUCUUUAUUAGCAGUGUUAGCAUCUUUAGGGAUAAACUUUAAAAAAGAAAAAGUCGGAAUAACAGUCUGUGUCGGCUGAAAAAACCUGACCUGUCUAGGUGAGAAGAAAAAAGUGAAGCUAGUGUAACAGGUAUAGAAAUUACCCUGUUAUACACUAGCAUAGUCAGGUUAGCACAAUUUCAACUAAAUAAUAACAACCUGUA